AUGUCGGUUCUCCUACGGAAGCUCGUCCACAAUGAGGCGAUGCGAUCGGAUCCCCCAGAGAUCUACGGAUGGCGAGUUUACACGCUGGCUUGCUCGGCGUGUUUCGGCGGGAUGCUUUUCGGCAUGGAGACUGGUAUCAUCGGCGGUGUUCUCACGAUGGACCCGUUUAAAGAUACAUAUGGCCUGAACGGACUCGACUCCGUGGGUGAGGCCAAUCUAAGUGCGAAUAUUGUCUCCACCCUCCAGGCAGGGUGCUUCUUCGGCGCCCUCGCCGCCUCGGUCAUUGCGGACAAAUAUGGUCGCAAGGUCGGUUUGAUUGCUGCGUCGAUCCUCGCCAUCAUUGGGGUCAUUAUGCAGGUCGCCGCCAGUGGGCAUCUAGAAGCCAUGUAUAUUGGACGACUCGUUACCGGCUUCGGCGUCGGUAUCGCUUCCAUGGUCAACCCGCUCUACGUAUCAGAGAACUCCCCUCGCGCCAUCCGCGGCGGCCUCACAGGCCUCUACCAGCUCUUCAUCACGCUGGGCAUCAUGCUCGCGUUCUGGAUCAACUACGGCUCGCUCCAGCACAUCAACAACGCGGCGCAAUACCUCGUACCCCUGGCAAUGCAGGGUCUCCCAGCAGUGCUCCUGCUGAUCGGCAUGCUGCUAUGCAACGAGUCACCGCGGUGGCUGGCCAAGCAGGACCGCUGGGAAGAAGCCCGCUCUACCCUCUCGCGCGUGCGCAACCUACCCCCAACCCACCCAUACGUCGACGCCGAGUUCCAGGACAUCGCGAACCAGCUGGAAUCCGAGCGCCAGCUCAUCGGCGGCUCCAGCUUCUGGGACCUAAUGAAGGAGAUGUUCCUCAUCACCGGGAACCGCAACCGCGUUUUGCUCAGCAUCUUCCUCAUGAUCUGCCAACAAAUGACAGGAACAAACGCAAUCAACUACUACGCCCCCCUCAUCUUCAAAAACCUCGGCGUCACAGGCCAAACCACGGGCCUCUUCGCCACAGGCGUCUACGGCAUCGUCAAGGUAGUAGCCUGCGCCGUCUUCCUCGUCUUCGUCGCCGACUCCCUCGGCCGCCGCCGCUCUCUCCUCUGGACCUCCGCCGCACAGGGCCUCUCCAUGCUCUACAUCGGCCUGUAUAUCCGCAUCGCCCCGCCCGUCGAAGGCGAGCCUGUCAUCCCCGCCGGCUACGUCGCUCUCGUCUGCAUCUUCCUGUUUGCGGCGAGCUUCCAGUUCGGUUGGGGGCCGGUCUGCUGGAUCUAUGUCUCGGAGAUUCCGACGGCACGGCUGAGGGGUCUGAAUGUUUCGUUUGCGGCUGCUACGCAGUGGUUGUUUAACUUUGUGGUGGCGAGGAGUGUCCCCGUUAUGAUUUCCACUGUUGGGGCUAAUGGUUAUGGGACAUAUAUCAUCUUCUCCUGCUUCUGUCUCUCCAUGGGCGUCUUCGUCUUUUUCUUCGUCCCGGAGACUAAAGGCCUCUCCCUCGAAAAAAUGGACGAGCUCUUCGGCGUCACCGCCUCAGACGCCAAAACAAGCGACCUCGAACGAACAGCCUCGCAGAGCGGCGAGCGGGCCCACUCCCGAGGCGGAGAUAGCAAAGAGGGCGCUGACGAGGUUCGCAUUGAGCGGGUGUAG